CAAGCACGAGCACCGUUCUCUCUAUUGUAACAUCCUCUAACCAAGGAAAGAUGAGGGGAGAGUCCCGAGUCUCGGGGAAGAUGAAGCUUCUUAUUGCUGUUCUGGCACUCCAGUUCUGCUAUGCAGGAUUUCACAUUGUUUCUAGAGCUGCACUCAACAUUGGUGUGAGCAAAGUUGUGUUUCCAGUAUAUAGGAACAUCAUUGCUUUGGUCUUGUUGGCCCCCUUUGCUUACUUUCUAGAGAAGAAAGACAGGCCGCCUCUCAGCUUUUCUUUGCUUGUUCAGUUCUUUCUUCUUGCAUUAUGUGGGAUAACCGCAAACCAAGGAUUUUAUCUCUUGGGUUUGUAUUAUUUAUCUCCAACUUAUGCUUCUGCCAUACAGAAUUCAGUUCCAGCAAUCACCUUUGCUAUGGCAGCUGCUCUAAGGCUUGAGCAACUCAAAAUUAAAAGGAGAUAUGGGCUGGCGAAGGUGGUGGGAACAGUAGUUAGUGUUGGAGGUGCCACCAUUAUUACUCUUUACAAGGGCCCUCCUCUGCUGCAUCACCCAGCACACAUCAAACUGGGAGCCAUUUCAUCAGUCGACCCAAUACUCAACUGGACCUUGGGUUGCAUCUAUAUCCUUGGUAAUUGCAUUGCUUGGUCUGGUUGGAUGGUGCUUCAGGUUCCAGUGCUGAAGAAGUACCCAGCAAGGCUCUCGCUUACUACAUUCACCUGCUUCUUUGGGCUGAUUCAAUUCAUGAUAGUAGCAGCCUUCACAGAGAAUGACAUUGAGAGGUGGAAAGUCCAUUCAGGAGAAGAGCUCUUCACGAUUCUCUAUGCAGGUCUUGUGGCAUCAGGGGCUGCCUUCUCUCUUCAGACAUGGUGUAUAGACACAGGAGGACCUCUUUUUGCUGCGGUCUUCCAACCAGUUCAGACAGUCAUGGUGGCCAUCUUGUCAGCCACUAUAUUUGGUGAUCAAUUAUACUCAGGAGGGAUCAUUGGAUCUAUCCUUAUCACGGUAGGUCUUUACUUUGUCCUGUGGGGUAAAAGUCAGGAGAAGAAGGCAAGCAACCAAGAGAUGGAAAAGGACCUGACAAGGCAUCUCCUUGAAGAAGAGGACUCGCAUAAAUAUGUUGCAGCAGUUGCUGAGAUCCCAUGAGAAUAGCCUCCAACUAGCUACUCUAAUAGAAUUUUUUAGAUUAUAAACAUAAAAAAAAUUGAAGAACUGCAAGGUGUGAUGGUAUGCAUGGUGUUCAGUUGAUGUGAAUAUUCUACAAUUCCCAACACCAAGGUGUAAGCUUUAUAUGCUAUUAGUUAACCACUUCUACUCAUGUACAUGGUAAUAUGAGUUUUCAAUGGUGUGGAACCUGUGCAACUAUUCUUGAAAUGGAGAGAUGUGGCUCUUAUUUGAUUUC